CUGCUUGGAGAGAGAGAGUGCUUAAUUUUAAUUUUAAUUUAAAAAGCUGUUUUCUAACGAUUUGAGUCCAGUUUGUGAACAGAUUGUGUGAUGAGUGCAUUCCCAAAAAUGUGGCAAAAGUGGCUGUUGGUAUUUUUAGUGGUGUAUGGGCACCUGAUAAGUGCUAAUCCCAUCGAAUCCGGAGACUCGGCCCUUACGGAAUUCAUAAUUCUCCACAAUAAUGACAUGCACGCGAGAUUUGAGCAGGCGAAUAAAAACGGAGGAGCUUGCACUCCGGAGGACGCGAACAGGGAUAAAUGUUUUGGCGGUUUCCCACGAAUCGCUCACGUAGUGCGAAAAUAUCGCGAAGAGGCAAAGAACGGAGGAACUCCGGCACUUUAUUUAAAUGCAGGCGAUACAUACAGCGGAACAGUCUGGUUCACGGUCUUCAAGGACGAAAUUGCCAGCACCUUACUCAAUAAACUUCAGCCGGAUGCUAUGUGUCUGGGGAAUCACGAGUUCGAUGAGAAAAUCGCAGGACUUGUGCCCUUUCUGAAUGCUGUGCACUUUCCGGUUCUGGUCUCCAACGUGAACUUCUCGAAGGAGCCCGAAUUGGUGGCUACCAAUAAACUAAGCAAUUCAACAAUUCUUGAGGUAAAUGGAACUAAAGUUGGUGUCAUAGGAUACCUAACGCCGAAAACGAAGGAAGACUAUAUCAACAAGGUGGAGUUCAGUGAAGAAAUCGUGUCCAUCAACGCUGAAGCACAAAGGCUAAAAGAUCAGGGCGUCAAUAUAAUAAUUGCCUUGGGACAUUCUGGCUACCAGAAGGAUCAGGAGAUUGCCAGAGAUUGUCCCGAUAUCGAUAUAGUAAUCGGCGGCCAUUCGCACACAUAUCUGGACUCCAAUCAACCCGUCGCUGACAAGGACGACACCAAUCCUGAAGCGGUUCGAGGACCCUACCCCACCACGGUGAUUCAGCCAAGCGGCAAAAAGGUGCCCGUCGUGCAGGCCUACACCAGCACAAAGUAUCUGGGCAAGCUACAUGUCCAGUUCGAUGCCAAUGGCGAUUUGAUCAAGUUUGAGGGCGUGUCGCUUCUCUUGGACGCUUCAGUUCCGCAGGAGCAAGAUUUCUUGGACUUACUUGAUGUAUAUCGUCCCAAUAUCACGGCCAGAGGAGAACAAAUCAUUGGCCACACCAAGGUCUAUCUGGAGGGCGGCAAUAUGUGUCGAUUAAGAGAAUGCAAUCUCGGCAAUCUGAUUGCCGAUUCCAUGGUCUACACUCGCGUGCUGGAAAACAAGGGCGGGGAAUACUGGACAGAUGCGGCCGUUGCCUUGAUUUCGGGAGGAGGCAUACGAACCUCGAUUAAUAAGAAUGCCGAAGGAUCUAUUACUUUCAGGGACAUGGCGGAAACGAUUCCCUUUGAGAAUCGUCUAUUUGUGACGCGUAUUACCGGGAAGACAUUGCUCAACGCCUUGGAGCUCUCGGCCUCAAUCAGGAACAGGGACUCCAAUGGCGGCUUUCAGCAGUUCUCUGGCAUACGAGUCGAGUACAACUACGACAUGGAAGAGGGACACCGAGUGACCUCCGCCUUGAUUCGUUGCGCCGAAUGCAGUGUCCCUUCCUAUCUCAAUCUCGAUGAAUCGGCCUACUACAAGGUUGUUGUGCCGGAGUUUCUACUGAAUGGAGGCGAUGGCUUUAACCUCAUCGAGUCGAACGAUCCGUUCACUGAGCUCCUGGAACAGGACGACAAGGGUGCCCUACAACAGUAUCUACAGGGUAGACAUUUCGUUUAUCCCGCCAUAGAGGGUCGCAUAGUUAUAAAAAAAUCCAAUUAGUUACCUAGUUCCUCAAAAAUAGAAUACAAUCAAAAUUUUUCAAAAUUUGUGCACAAAUUUUAAACUCAAGUUGAAAAUACGCAAUGAGAAAGUUGUUGACCGUAAAAAUGUAUCUUCCACAUAUCUC